AGUUUAGUAUUCAAACACGAUAUAAGAUAUUUUCACGACUUUAUUUGAUUUGAACGUUAUUCAUGUUAAAAAGGAGUAUUUAAUUUUAAAUUAUAUUACUUAUGUAUAAAUUAGUUAUCGUGUUUAACAUACAUUUAAGAAUAUUAUUCCAGUACAUAACUGUUAACUGAUCAUAAAUAUAGUUUGUUAGUUUAAAGUUUUCAACAAUAAAAAUUACUAUAAUGUUACCAAUGAGAACUUUUCGGACGUGUUAUUUAUGUCAUUGUUUCAAAACCUUUAUAUUCAGAAAUAUGACCAAUGCAGUAUCUGAACCAAACCCCAUGUCAAAGCAAUUAUAUGACAUGGCUAAACAGUUAAAUGUAAAGAAUGAAGCAUUAGUCAAAGUCAUGAACAACCAUCAAGAUAAAUUAAAAUCUUAUAAUGAAUCGAGAUGGUUUGAACUGUUUCAAUAUUUAAGUCAAUAUGACUUUAAAUCAUCUGAUCUUCUUGAAAUUAUUGAUUCAUAUCCUGAUAUAUUAAGUGUAAAUAGAAAAGAUUUACAUAAAUGUAUGAAUGCGUGGACUAACUUUCGAUUCGAUGAUAAAAAAUUAAGGCAGUUAAUUGUUUUACAGCCUUCUUGUUUGUUGUUAGAUGAGAAACAAAUUCUAUCCAGAAUCCCUAAGCUUUUAGCAUUUGUUGGAAAUAAACAGAAUCGAUUGUUGGAAAUGAUAUCAUAUUCACCUAAUGUUUUGUUUGACAAUUGGAAAGAUCUACAAUCUAAAUUAGAUUAUUUAUUGUUAAACAUGGAGCUUGGGCCUACCCAAUUUGUGACAACUAGUGUGAUGUCCUCAACACUUUUUGAAAUAAAAUGUAGGCAUGAUUUUUUAGUGAAACUUGGUUUAUAUAAAAACCGAGAUAUAAAGAACAAUCCAAACUUAUUGACUAAUAAUCCUGCAUUAAAGAAAAUUAUUGAAACAAAUGAUAAACAAUUUGCUGUUAAAGUUGCUGGAGUUACUGCUGAAGAAUAUUUUGUCUUUAAAAGAUUAUUUAAAAAACAACUGGAGAAAGAAGAUGAUGAUGAUAAUUUUGAUGAAAAUGAAUACUUCAUUGAUGAUUGUUAAUUAUCGUACAAAAAAAAAAGUAGAAUAUUUUAUUGUUGAGUUGUGUUAAUGUGACUUAUAUAAACCAUUCUUAAACUUUUAUUU